AUGAAGAACCCGGAUCAUUCCAGUAGUAUCCGUACCCGACCGUUCAAACGCAGCUACGUCGCAUGCGUCUCGUGCCGAGCACGCAAAUCAAGAUGCAUCAUCAAAGACAACCCUCCCUGCGCUAAAUGUGCCAGGGAACAUCGUGAGUGUCGGUUUGAUCGCCGGCCCAGGGCUCCCAAGCACCGUGAUGCCCCGGAAUGGACUCGCGGGAAUGUUAUCGACGUCGCGCCCGCCACUCAAACCCUUCAGGCAGCGAAUCCCUCCCCCUCGGAACAUCUUGGCUUUAAUUCGUCGCCGAACAAUACUAACAAUCCACUGUACAAUCGGGUGCAGUCGACAAUAGUCACUGGGACUAAUGAUGCACUGGACUUUCUGUCAACCGCUGCAGGACAGCAUAGCAUUGCUGGUUCAGCACCAUCCCAAGGCCAUCCUUCAGCCAGCCACGUUCAGUCUGACGGUCCCAAAGUCGUAUCUGGUGGAUCUAAUGGAGUCGGCUUCACCAUCACAGCCCUUUCAGAACCGGACGAUGCUUGUCUAGAUAUGUGGGACAAGUGUCGCUUCGUCCGUCAGGGCUGGUUUACGGCCCAAGAAGCUGUCACCUACAUCGACUUCCAUGCAUCUCGUGAACAACUCGUUUACAGGGAGGCCAUGCUAUGCUGCACCCUGCUCAUGAUCUCAUCCCGAUUCUUGACACUUUCCGGUGCAGGCGGUACAUCCAGAAGUCACUACGUUCACCAGCGUCUUUGGAGUCACUGUGAAGUCCUUAUUCGACGCAUCGUGCUAGGCCAGGAGAAAAUAUCUACCUCCCAAACAAGAACGAUUGGAACCAUAGACAGCCUGAUUCUGAUAUCCUAUUGGCACCCUCGAGCUUUACACCUCCCUCCUGAAACAGACGGCUGGGAUGGUCUACUUGUCACGCCUGGAUAUGAUCGAGUCAAUCGCAAGCAUAUCAACAACGAAGUUCCACUUAUUCGGUGGCGAGAAGAUGUCUUUGAACCAGCAAAGAGGGCCAGCAGAAUGUCAUGGAUGCUCUUGGGUAUGGCCAACAACUUGGCUUAUGAACUCGCAAUAUUCUCAGGUCAGUCAGGCGAUGCAAACCAGGCUGCAGGUGGUGAGGUGCUUCGUGGCCGUCGAGCUCAAAAGCUCCUCUACAAUUAUCUGACUCAGACUGCCACUAGACUUGGCUACCCUUCUGUGUCUCGUCUGUCCACGCAAGAAACAGGUGAACCGAUUGACCAGUCCUGGAUUUCUUAUAUGGAUCUCAGUCUAGAACUUACCCAACUAUCGCGCACAGCAUCUUCGAUGUUCUUUCAUUCAGCAAUCCAUCUUCAAACACAAGUGCUCGGAGAUCACUACGUAGAUCUCCUUGAACACUUUUCUCUGUCUCUUUCAAAAUGGCAGGAAAGGUUUGACAACAUGAACCGAGCUCCUGAGAAUAAGAAGGGACCACUGGAUAUCUCUAGGGUAUGCGCGAAGCAGUACGGAACUAAUCUUGGCUUUAUAUCACCCAUGCCUCAGUAUUGCGCCUAG